AAUCUCUCUCUCUCUCUCUCUCUCUCUCUCUCCAUGAGAACUCUAAUCUCUCACCGGCAAUGUGUGACGUCACCGUUUCUUAUCUCCGCCGCAUCUCCACCGUUUCCUGGCCGGUGCUUUCAGUUAUCCUCCUUUACUCCUCCACGUCAUAGGCGUCUUUCCUCUCUCUCGAUCAGAAACGUUUCGGAUGAAUCCCCCGCCGAUCAGACUUCUUCUUCUUCUUCUUCUAGGCCGCGAACUCUUUAUCCUGGUGGUUACAAGCGUCCCGAACUCGCCGUUCCCGGUCUACUUCUCCGGCUAGACGCGGAUGAGGUUAUGAGUGGAAAUCGUGAAGAGACUGUCGAUUUGGUCGACCGUGCUUUAGCUAAAUCGGUUCAAAUCGUCGUGAUUGAUGGCGGAGCUACCGCUGGUAAGCUCUAUGAGGUGGCUUGUUUGCUGAAAUCGCUUGUCAAGGGUCGUGCUUACCUCUUGAUCGCCGAACGCGUUGAUAUCGCCUCCGCCGUUGGUGCUAGUGGCGUUGCUCUCUCCGACGAAGGUCUUCCGGCGAUAGUGGCGAGAAACACAUUGAUGGGAUCCAAUCCCGACUCGGUAGUUCUUCCAUUGGUAGCUAGGAUUGUGAAGGAUGUUGAUUCUGCUCUAAGUGCCUCUAGCUCUGAGGGUGCUGAUUUCCUUAUACUUGGAGCUGGUGAAGAUAAACAAGUUGGUUUCUUGGUGGAAGCUUUGUUGAAGAGCGUGAAAAUACCUAUAUUUGUGACUUGCAGAAGCAAUGGAGAAGCUAAAGAAGAAUUGCAGUUACUGAAAUCAGGUGCUUCUGGUUUUGUUAUUUCGUUGAAAGAUCUGCGUUCUUCUAGGGAUGUAGCUCUUCGCCAGUGUCUUGAUGGUGCUCAUGUUGUAAAUCAUGAGACACAAAAUAAGAAUGAAAGCAUUCUUAACGAUACAUCAUUCGUUGAAGUUAGUGACCUGCCGGAGAAAAACAAUUCUGCUGGGUUCAUAAAAUUAGAGGACAAACAGAAACUAAUAAUAGAAAUGGAGAAAUCAGUGUUGAAAGAGACGAUUGAAAUCAUCCAGAAGGCGGCUCCACUGAUGGAGGAGGUCUCCCUUCUAAUUGAUGCUGUUUCUCGGAUUGAUGAGCCGUUUCUGAUGGUUAUAGUGGGUGAAUUUAACUCUGGAAAAUCAACGGUUAUCAAUGCACUUCUUGGGAAGAGAUACCUGAAAGAGGGGGUAGUCCCCACUACCAAUGAAAUCACUUUUCUGUGCUACUCUGACUUGGAAUCCGAAGAGCAACAACGUUGCCAAACGCAUCCAGAUGGCCAAUAUGUAUGCUAUCUUUCUGCACCAAUACUCAAGGAUAUUAAUAUUGUUGACACACCUGGGACCAAUGUGAUCCUUCAAAGGCAACAGCGUCUUACAGAAGAAUUUGUUCCACGUGCAGAUUUGCUUGUUUUCGUUCUUUCUGCUGACCGCCCUUUAACUGAAAGCGAGGUUGCGUUUCUCCGGUACACACAGCAGUGGAAGAAGAAAUUUGUGUUUAUUCUGAAUAAAUCUGAUAUCUACCGUGAUGCCCGUGAGCUUGAAGAAGCGAUUUCAUUUGUUAAGGAGAAUACACGGAAGUUGCUUAAUACAGAAAAUGUGAUAGUGUAUCCGGUGUCCGCACGGUCUGCUCUUGAGGCGAAGCUUUCAACAGCUUCUUUGGUUGGCAGAGAUGAUCUUGAGGUCUCAGAUCCUGGUUCUAAUUGGAGAGUCCAGAGCUUCAAUGAACUUGAGAAAUUUCUUUAUAGCUUCUUGGAUAGCUCAACUGCUACCGGGAUGGAGAGAAUAAGGCUUAAAUUGGAGACACCCAUGGCGAUUGCUGAGCGUCUCCUUGCUUCUGUGGAAUCUCUUGUGAGACAAGAUUGCCUAGCUGCUAGUGAAGACUUGGCUUCAGCAGACAAGAUUAUCAAUCGAACUAAAGAAUACGCGCUUAAGAUGGAAUAUGAGAGCAUUUCUUGGAGAAGGCAGGCUCUCUCAUUGAUUGAUAAUGCCAGAUUACAAGUUGUUGAUCUAAUAGGAACUACCCUGCGACUAUCAAGCCUUGAUCUUGCGGUCUCUUACAUGUUCAAAGGGGAAAACUCGGCCUCAGUAGCAGCUACAUCCAAAGUUCAAGGUGAAAUACUCGCUCCAGCACUCACAAAUGCUAAAGAGUUGCUUGGAAAAUAUGCUGAAUGGCUACAAUCAAAUACUGCCCGUGAAGGGAGUCUGUCCCUGAAAUCAUUCGAAAACAAAUGGCCAACAUAUGUCAAUUCAAAAACUCAAUUGGGCAUAGAAACAUAUGAUUUACUCCGGAAAACUGAUAAAUUCAGCUUGAAAACAAUACAGAAUUUGAGUGCCGGAACCACAUCAAAACGAUUGGAACAAGAUAUUCGAGAAGUGUUCGUUGUGACAGUUGGUGGGCUUGGAGCUGCGGGACUAUCUGCAUCACUUCUAACCUCAGUGCUACCCACCACAUUGGAAGAUCUUCUUGCUCUUGGCCUUUGCUCCGCUGGAGGGUAUGUGGCUAUAGCAAACUUCCCUUAUCGAAGACAAGCUAUAAUUGGCAAGGUGAAUAAAGUGGCUGAUGCGUUGGCUCAACAACUAGAAGAUUCUAUGCGAAAAGAUCUUUCAGAUGCGACUAAUAAUCUAGUAAAUUUUGUGAAUAUCGUUGCCAAGCCUUAUCGAGAAGAAGCUCAGCUAAGACUUGAUCGUCUUUUAGGAAUCCAGAAAGAACUAUCAGAUAUUAGAAGUAAAUUACAGUUGCUACAAGUUGAUAUUGAUAACCUUCAUGUAUCACGAGAUGAGAUGAGACUUUAGCUGUUCCAACACAAUGUCGGGGUUUCCCUUCUUGACAUUGUUCAGUGGGGGGCAAGUGUAUGUACUUUGUCAUAAUGAAUAAGACCUGCCAGU